AUGCUUGCUACAUUCACGAUGCUUCGGUCGCAUACGGGAAGAUCCUUCAUCGCUCGGCCUUCAGCUUGCGUAGAAUGGAACACUCCAUCCAAGUUCACCCGCAUAAUUGUGCAGCGAGUAGUCCUCUUCGCCAAGGCACACAAUCUGCGGCUAGUGAUCAAGAAUACCGGACAUGACGGCUGUGGGCGUUCAGCCGCCCCGGAUUCUCUUCAAAUUCACACUCACCGCCUUAAGGGAAUCCAAUAUCAUCACGAUUUCGUAGCACGUGGUGCAAACGCAUCCUCAGGCCCUGCUGUUACAGUUGGCGCUGGUGUCAUGCUAUGGGAGCUCUACGAAAAGGGCUCCCAAGAUGGAUAUCUCAUAGUUGGUGGAGAAUGUCCUACAGUAGGUGCCGUCGGUGGUUUCCUCCAAGGGGGUGGCGUUUCCAGCUCUCGAAGUCAUGUGAGGGGGCUCGCUGUCGAUAAUGUGCUGGAGUUCCAAAUCGUGUUAGCCAAUGGAACUCUUGUAGCUGCGAAUGACUACCAGAAUCAAGAUCUGUUUUGGGCUUUGCGGGGAGGGGGAGGUGGCACAUUCGGCGUUGUCACCCAGGCGACACUCCGAGCAUACCCUGAUGAUCCCGUCAUAGUAUCAACAGUAUCCAUUUCUGCUCCACGCGCGGACAAUGGCUUCUGGGGAAAAGGCGUCAUUAGCCUUUUCUCGAUGCUUCAAGCCCUCAAUAUCGACAAUAUUACCGGGCAGUUCGUCCUUACAAUCACCCCUGAUUUUACAUACAAGGCAGACCUUAUCAUAUAUUUUUUUAACAACACGGACUUACCCAUCGUGGAGGAGAAGGUCAUGAAAUACCUAACUAUGUAUAAGGCGGGUGAAAUAUCCUAUGGACUAUCGUCCAAAGCCCUAUCUAAAACGAGUCUCAGCUAUCGAAGGACUCCUGAUAUCUACCGCGAAAAUUACGGAAUCAUCCAGUCAUCUCUCCCUUUGGGUCCAAAUGACCUCCUUUUAACCAGCAAUCUGGGUGGUAAGGUAAAUGUUGAAGAUGGCUCCACAUCUAUGCAUCCUGCCUGGCGCUCUUCAGCGCAGCUUGUAAACUACAUCAAAAGCGUUGGCCCGACGGUUCAGCAGAAGUUUAUGGGCCUAGAGGAACUGAGUAGUGUACAUAUGCCUAUUCUGUACUCCCUAGAGCCUGGAUUCAGGGUUUCUUAUUUCAAUCUAGGGGAUCCUGGUGAAGUGGAUUUUCAGAACGUUUACUGGGGUGAUAAUUACAAGCGUCUAGCGCUCCUAAAGCGCGAUGUGGACAGAGAUGGAUUAUUUUUUGUUAAGAAUGGGGUUGGUAGUGACUUGUGGGAUGAUGAAGGCUUGUGUAAAAGGAGUACAAGACGGUGGAUAUCGCGAGGAUGACAGGGAAUAAUACGUCCACCUUAAGAC